AUGUCCACACAACAAAUUCAAGAGGAUCUUUACAAGACUCUUGAGGUAUCGCGUAAUGCAACUCAAAACCAAAUAACUCGAUCUUACAAGCGUUUGGCACGUUUACGCCAUCCUGAUAAGAAACCAGGCAAUCCUCAAGCCGCCACAGCAGCUUUUCAAGCGGUAAUAUCAUCUUUCUAAUGAGUUUCCAACAUAAUUUCGACUUGCUAAUAGUUUUUUCAUCUAUAGUUAGGAGCAGCUUACGAUAUUCUCAAAGAUGCAAGUAAGCGGAGAGAAUAUGAUCUUCAAACCUCGCAUAAUACGACCCGUCCACGCCCACAAAAUCCGACAACUGACUCUCGAAGAACUACACCAUCAUCUUCCCAGUCCAGUCAACGGGGAUAUCCAAGAGCUACUCCUUCUAAUUCACAAUACACUGAAGGUAGUUCCACGAGAGCCGGUCCAUAUACUGACUACGCAUUUGAAGAGCAUAUGAAAGUUGUUAGGGCAAAUCUGAGUGACGGAGACGAGGUGCGACAGAUCCGCAUUAUUAUAUUGAAACGUUCACGAGAGUGGCAAACGACAAAAACUGCUCAUGACCUCAUGGUUCCUCAAGUCAAGGAGAAGAUUGCAACAUUGAACGCAACAAUCAAAAGUAUUCGAGCCGUUGGAGGGGCCCAUGAGAGAAUGAGACGCACCCGCUUGGAUAUGGAAGACGAGGUUAGAGUGUUGGAGGCUCAGCUAACCAUGCUCGAGGACUCAUUUCCGGUGCAUUAUUCAAACUUUGAGUACGAUCAGAGUGUGGAUGAGAGUAUAAUAAGAGAAAUUGAGGAGCCGUAUGCGCCAAAGAAAGCGGAAUGA